CGCAUUUCAAGUACAACCCAAGCACACAACAACUCUAAUCUCGCUCGACCUGAGAUGGCCACGAUGGUUGACACAGUCUCAGACCUCAUCGGAGAAGCAGCCUUUGCCGACGACGAAGAAGAGCUGGAGUGGGUGCGCUCCGAGAUUGCCUCAACCUCAAGCAUCAUCCAGAAAUAUGAAGAGGAGCUGCAACAGAUUGUGCAGCAGUUAGACGCUUGGAAUCAGGAAGAUGAGGAGCUCCGGAAGCAAUCGAGCAACUCCAAGGUCAAGGAUGCCAAGUCGACCUUCAACGACAAGCCGAAGAAGGGAAUUGACAUGCUGAUUGAGUGUGGAGAGAUUGAAGAGAAGACCCCAGAGGCAGUGGCGCAAUACCUGAACACGGCGAGCGGGCUGAACAAGGCGAGCGUCGGCGACUAUCUCGGGGAGAAUGACGAGUUUAACUUGAAGGUUCUGGAGGCGUUUGCACACCUCUACGACUUUAACGGACAGGACUUUGACGAGGCACUCAGGGCGUAUCUGUCUGGGUUUCGUCUGCCGGGCGAAUCGCAGAAGAUUGACCGCAUGAUGGAGGCGUUUGCAAAGCGCUACCACGACUGCAACCCACAGCAAUUUGCAAACUCAGACACGGCAUAUGUGCUGGCGUUUGCGACAAUCAUGCUGAACACGAGUCUGCACAAUCCAAACAUCAAGGACAAGAUGUCGCUUGACAUGUUCAUUGGGAUGAACCGUGGAAUUGACAACGGCGGCAGCCUGGACGCUGACCUGCUCACCCGCAUUUACGAGAGCAUCCGCGACAAAGAGUUUGACCUGCACGACACGAACGACGGAUUUGUGGAGACGUUUGUUGACGCGGAGAAGAGCGGGUGGAUGCUCAAGGAAGGUGCGCCCGUGCACAUGCACAUGAUGGUGGCGGUGGGCCACCACUCGUCGUACAAGAUGCAGACGACGAGCGAGGAGGAGAUGAACGACUGGAUUGUGAAGCUGACGGCUGCCAUGACCAAGAACCCUCUCAUGACCCUCUACAGAGACAAGCUGCGCAAGGCAAAGGGCUCGUAAACGUGCACGUGUCAUGGGCCGGUGUACGAGGGGGUAUGUCAGGUACACAGCCAUCGUCAGGUCCAGUGCUACACUUCGCCAUCACUCGCAGUUCCAGCACUUGCACGCUGCAAGCUGCCCACUUUGCUCGUCGUUACUCAAAAUCAGUUGUCUUGUCAUUUACAUAUGUUGUUGUUGCUGUCAUCAUUUCAUUGCAUUUCAUCACAUUUCAUUUCAGUGCUUUCUCCUGCCCAUUCUCACUUGCACCCACAGGCUCUUUUCCCGCCCCCCUUGCCUUUGUUUCCUUGUGAUUGCUGUCUUGUCUCUGACCCGUCCCACAUGUGGCGUUCGUUGUCUUGAGGUGGUUUUGGUGUGAUGACGCAGGAUCGCCUGCAUUCCCGCUUCUUGUUGUGGUUGGAGGUCUUGUGCUUGUUGGCUCCAUGGCGCCGUCCUGCCUUGCUUCUCACUGUUGCUUUCUCCUUUUGUUUCUUCUUCUUCUUUCAUUUUCCAUGCCGUCGUUGCUGCUGUAGUCACGUAUAGACUUGAGAGAUACGGGGA